UUGUUUUCGACGGAAGACGAAAUUAAGAGGAAGAGCUCGAAGAUACUGGCAAGAUGAAUAAAGAAGAUCUCACUUUGGAGACUUUACAGAAGUACAGGACGGUGCCUUAUGAUCCAAGGUUUCCAAAUACUAAUCAAACAAGGAACUGCUAUCAGAAUUAUGUAGAUUUCCAUCGCUGCUCCAAGGUUCGUGGUGAAGACUACGAAGCCUGUCGCUACUUCAAGAGAGUCUACCAGAUCCUCUGUCCAAACGCUUGGAUUGAGAAAUGGGACGAGCAGAUUGCUGAGGACAGAUUCCCAGGAAACAUUUAAAAGCACAUACACCCUUUUGGGCAGUUUGUUGUUUAUUUACUAUCUAUUAGUCAUUUCAACUUAUGAGCUGGUAAUUCAGGAAUGCUUUGAGCAAACGAACUUCUGCCGAAGAUGAUGUAAACUUAUAAAUAAAUAUUGAGAACCACAAAAUUCA